UUCGGCAUUUACCAGUAGCAGAUGUUGUUGAUGGUGGCGUUGGAUGGCAGCUGGUCGCGACGUCUCCCAUUCUACUCUUUAGACACUUGUGAAGGACACGUCACUGGUCACUACGUGGAGUCAAGUCAAAGGGCAGAGGGAAGAGGGGAGGAAGAGGACAGAGAGAGCAGAGGAGCUGAAGGCAGACGGAAGGGAGAUAAGGCAUAAAAAUGAAUCAUUGGAGCUUAUCCCUGGGGUUGGUAUUGGGUGUGCUGGUGCUAAGAGAAGCCACUGCCCACACGCACCACCUUCACAAUGCCCAGAAAGAGCGAGAGGCAGAUGGUGCCAGGACCCCACGAGACCACGGCCAUUACACCAAUGGCGAACACAAUGCUGAUUUUGACCAUGAAGCAAUUCUAGGGAGUGUCAAGGAUGCAGAAGAGUAUGAUCAACUCCCAGCUAUGGAGGCGAAAAGACGUCUGGAGAUCCUGCUUGUGAAAAUGGACCGCGACAAUGACAAACAUAUUGAUCGUAAGGAGCUCCAUUCUUGGAUUCUCCGCUCUUUCAGAAUGCUGUCAGAGGAAGAGAGUUCUGAGCGCAUGGAUGAGGUGGAUGAAGAUGAAGAUGGGUAUGUCACCUGGGCUGAGUACAUUGCCGAGACCUAUGGCAUCAAGGAGCCUGAGGACCAGCAGCUCUUAGACCAGGAGGACCAAGUUGAAGAACAGAGGCUCUUGCGUGAGGACCGACAGUUAUUCAAUGCUGCAGACAAGAACAUAGAUGGAAGACUGGAUGAUAUGGAAUUCCUAGCCUUCUCGCAUCCUGAGGAGAGCCCCGACAUGCUUCCUAUUAUCCUGCAGCAGACGCUAGAGGAGAAGGAUGCCAACAAUGAUGGUCUCAUCGACUUCCAGGAAUACAUUGGGGAUAAAGAGUUCGAAGUCGAUGAAGAUAUAAUGAUGAAUCGUGAAUUUGUGCGCAAGCAUAAGCCAGAUUUUGAUAAGUUGGACUUAAAUAAGUCUGGUUUCCUUGAGGUUGAUGAGGUUGGGCCUUUAAUGGAAUCAAACAAGGACAUAGCAGAGGAUGAGGUGGAUCAUCUGUUUGCUGCAGCAGAUGAUGACAAUGAUGACUUGCUGUCCUUCUUGGAAAUCCUUGAUCACCAUGAUGUGUUUGUAGGCUCGGAAGCUACAGACUACGGUGAUCACCUGCACAACCUUGACCGCUUUGACGACGAAUUGUGAGGCUGUGAUGGGCAUCUCGCAGAUAGAUAGGCCUAGUUGUGAGAAAUAAGAGUCGAGAGUAGUUCUGCAUGAUGUUGGUCAGCGUCAAUGGGAACUGCAUGGAAGCUCUGCAAGAAUGAAGUGCUCAUGUGCUGAUACAGAGGUUCCUUGUGAGAAUAGAGUGUGCCACUUCCCCUUUUGUUGUUCGUGUUGUUAUUUUAUCAUGAAUUUUUCUGUGAAUUUUAGUUAUGUAGUCCAGGAAGAAAACCUGUUAGUAAUUUAUAGUGCCUGUAUAUGCAUUUAUCAUUUGUUUGGGCAUUAGAAAAGGAAGUGUGAAUGUAUUAGUUACAAAUCUUGCUGUAAAAGCCACCUUGCAAGGUCCAUUGUGUGUUAAUUGAAAACAAUAUGCCUUUCUCAACUCUUUGAUUAAUCUUUGUCUUAUGAUAUUAUAUUGAAUAAUUGUUUUUAAUUUAUUGAUUAGGUCUUUAUACUCUAAAGAUUUGUUAUUCUCCAACUUUUAUGCUAACUUGCCAGGAUAUUGUCUUUUAUGUAUCAAUUUGGAAAAAAUAAUAAUUCUAACGUGAUCAAGUCUAAUUACAAAAGGUAAACGCAUUAGCCUGUGCAAUGAAAGCCACUCAAGACUUUUUUUUUUUUUUUAUAUAUAUAUAUAUCAACAAGCAGCUACAUUACUAUAGGAGAGUUUGAGGGUAACCAGGUUAGCUUAAAAAUAGUGUUGUUGUAACAUUUAUGCUUUUGAAAUUUAACACAGCGAUGUAGUCUAAUUUGAGUCCAGUGGAUGUUUAUGCAGCAAGCCCUACUACUAUAGGGUUUUAUGAUCAGGACAGUUCAGGCUAAUCAAUUCAGGUUUCCAAAAAGGCUUCCAGGGUGACAUCCUUCAAGAAAUCAUGAGUCUUCUCAAGUGUCAUUCACUGCUACUUGGCUUCUUAAAACUUUCUGUUGUAUAGAUAACAACCUCUGGCCCAUUCAUCAACACGCACAGCUGGAACAUUCAACUUGGGCCAUCUGUUAUGUGUCCAGUUGCAAAAAGGAAUUUCAGCUAUUGAAUCUUUUCAAUGCAUAUUUAGGCACACUGUUCACAUCUUGACUUAGGCAACGAUACAAUAGCUGUGUAGAUUUGACACGACUACCAGUAAUUAUUUUGCACUUUCACUGCCGAUUCUUUUUGUACUUUUUUUCUCUAAUUUGACUUCUCUUUGAGACCUCACUCGUGCAUUUUCUAACUUCACUUUUGCACCUUGAAUUUGCAUUUGUGAGUGCCUGCAUUCUUGUGUUGUGCUUACUCCUAAUAAUUUUUUUUCUUUUAAUUUUGGUAAUGAUGAGUAAUGACUGUGAAAAGUAUUGUUUUAAAAUCAAAACAGAAGUUAUUUUUUUAAAACUAAUAACUCUUUUGUAAAUUAAGUUUAACAGAUUGCUUUGGAUAGAAUACUGAGUAAUUAAACAAAUGCCAUUAACAUGAAACUUACUUUGCAUAGCAGGGUAAAAUGAAUUCUAGCAAGGGUCAGUACAAUUCUGUUUUGAAUUUGUCAGAUGAUAAAGAAUAUGUUUAAGCAGAUUUAUAGUUCUACAACAAUUGCAUAGAUAAAAUAUGAUAAAUUUAACUUAAAUACAUGAAUGUUUUAACAUUUCCCAAGUCUGAAAAGCAGAAAGAAAUGUGAACUGAAAACUAGCCAAGAACUUUGUACACAAUGCUUUUAUUUCUAUUUUUUUGUAUCCAAGUGCCAUAUGUCCAGCUGGGGCACUGGGCUUAAUAUAUUGUUUUGAUUUUUU